CACCAAUGUUCCAUCAAUGUACAGUAUUCCCUCCUAAAGGAUUCUCGAAAUGUAGAUAAGGACUGCAUAGCCUUAUCAAGAUGAUCCCACAGAUCCUCCGGAACUUUUGUAGAACUGAAUGGAAGCCAGGUGACCAUUGACAGCAAUUGAAACAUGAGAGCGAAGUUAAAUGUUAAGUGCCCGGGUCAACCGAAGCCACGGGAUGAACCUGUGCUGUAAAUGCGAUCCAUACAAAAACCCAGCAAUCUGAUGAUUGCACCUCUCUCCACUUUCAAACCAGUUACGUUCCCUGGGCCUGGUGAGUCCCUUUCAUCAUGGUUGGAACGCCAAGGCUCAAAGGCUCAAAGGCUCAGUUUAUUGCAUGAAACCCGGGGAUUAUCAAUGCCAGCCGUGCACGUUAGCCUUCGAGAAACUGAAUCGGAUUCGUCGCCUGCCCACGGGACGGAGAUUACCCUCAUCUGUGUCAUACUCGUCGUGGUUUCUGGUGUCUUCUUCCUUGCCUUACUUAUCCGCUGCAUCAUGAACCGUCGACGAGCCCAGAAAUAUCAGUACAAGCGUAAACCGCGUUCCAUCGAACCCUUUCUAUACGAAACCACGCCAUUCGAUAUAUCUGAAUCGAGUGGUCGUGCGCCCCUUCUUCGCACCGAAUCUCAUCCUUACUCGGGCGAUUCUUUGAACUCGACUCUUCACGAAUACAGCCGCCCACCCAUUACCCAAUACGCGUGGGAUUCGCAUCAGUACGCUUAUAUCACCCCGGAAGAGCACCUUCCUCAGGUCCCGCCGCCUGUACCAUAUUCCACUCAGAGUCUAUUUAAGGCAGAUCCAUUCACUCCCUCUCUCCAUACCGCGUCCGACAGCGACCACUACUCACCACCAUCACCAUUUCCGGGAGUGCUUCCAUCACCCGGUUUUCACCAGGAGCCCGUGAAGUCACUCCAGCUAAGCCCAAAACAUCUCCCCCGGCUCGUGAUACCCAACGCGGCAUCCAUGCCGAGAUCUGCUCGUGCUGUCGAGCAUUCGAAAGAUGUCCUUUCGGAACAAUCAUCCGGGUCCGAAUAUUCACAGCCAUCCGCUUCCUCUUCGUUUAUACAACAAUCUUUCCACAGCCAAGACCUGGCUAUUCCGCCGAUACCGCCACAUCCUGAUUACAUUGUCAUGCAAGGAAGGUUCCAAGACGAAUCAGUUGGUCUGGGGAGAACAAAUACGGUCGAGAUAGCCAGUCUGUUGAAGGAUCGCGCCAAGCGCGACGGAAGUCUUCUUCGUGUUCCGAGUAACAUUUCACAUAUUGAACGUUGGAACUCUAUAGUUGUUGUUGACGGGGAAAUGAAAUCCCCACCUGUAUAUUAUUAGUAUUGAUUGAGAGGGUUUACUUAUCCCAUAGCUCAGAGGGCCUUUUCAAAUCGUUUUGAUACCACGUACUUUCUCCUGUUUAUCUGCAUAGUCAACCAUAUCGUUAUCGUUAUCGUUAUCGCUAUCGUUAUUCAUUAUACCCUCGCAUAAAAGAAUUUCCCAAUCACUGAUCAAUAAGAAGAUGGAUGCUUCAGGAGCGUCUAUAACCACCUAAUCAGCCAGCACCUUAGCCAUGAGAAGCGAGAC